AUGUACAGAGAAGGAGACCCAGUCAACAAGUAUCUGGGUGCUCUGGGGCCUGAGGUGAGCUGUGCAGCCGCUGGAAUGGGGAGAGCAGAUGGGUCAGGCACUAUCCGUGGAGCCUGUGGAUCUUUGAGCAGGUUCUUUAUCCUUUGCACUUGGCAUCACAGAAACAGCUGGUACUCUAGGAGGGGCCCACUACACUGGGAGCCCCAGUGUCAGCAGCCAGUGCCUAACGGUAUGCCCAUUGCUAUGGUCCUGCCCGGACACCUCAGUGAGCCCUAGAUCUCCACUGGCUGCAAGGUUCGCCCAGGGCCAGGAUUCCUCACCUGCUCCUACGCCUUCUGUUCCAACCGCUUCUUCCGCACUUACCAGUUCCACUACAGGGACCCCUCCUGCCAGGAGCCUGCUCACUCUCUGCUCAUCAAGGGCAAAGUCCAUCUGUGCCAGGCCUCCUGGGUCACCAGGGGGGCCACCAAGGCUCACUACCGUCUGCACAAGGUGGGUAUAGUCUUCCACAGCCACCACGCCCUGUUUGACAUUGUCAGGUGCCUCAACCAGAUGCAGGCUGGCCAGGACUGUACGGGACGGCUGCCUCCAGCCCAGGCCUGGCUGCCAGGGACCUAUGAGUUACUGAGCUCCCAGGUGCCUGGUGACUGCAUGGUGGCACUGGGCUUCAACAUGCAUGGGCUCAGUCUGCUGUGUUUGCAGUGUCACAUGCAACAGCAGCCUGGGCUGGCACCGCAUUUAGUCGAGGAGUUGUUCCUUGGUGAUGUCCACACCAACUGGGCAGAGAGGCAGCACUACCAUCCCACUGGAUACCAGUGGCCCCUGCAAAGUGCUCUGCACCACACUUGUUUCUGCCUGGCCUGUGGACUCAUCACCUGCUCUGAGGAGCACCACCCUCCCAUGCUGCCUUCCUAGCCAGCCCUGCCACUGCGCCUGGAUGGCCACUGUGUCAGCAUGGGCUGUGGGGCGAGGCCGCUGUUCCUCGUGCGGCUCUUUAUCUUUGAUGACCACAAAAGUUCCUGGGAAGGGCAUUACUAUCACUUCUCCGACCCUGCCUGCCGCCAGCCCACCUUCACUGUGUUUGCGGCCUGCCACUACUCCAGAGGUGCCCCGUCCCUCAGGGUCCAUGGUAGCACUGAGCUGAUGUUUGAGGUUACAAGAGCCCAUGACCAGGUCACUACAGCCAUACUCUCCAAGCCAAGCAGCUAUGGAGGCCCAGAGACCUGGUCGGUAGGCACGGAGAGGGAUGUUACAGCUACCAAUGGGUGCCUAACCUUGGGCAUCUGGCUCCCACAUGUAGAAUGUGAGCUGUUCAAAACAGAACAAGACGUCCACAAGUAGAGCCUGCUUUUCACUGGACAGAGGCCCACAGAUGAUGGGUCCAGUCUCAACACACCUGAGAAACGCCCUACCGCCUUCCAGGCACAGGGCCUCUCAGCACAGGCCUCCAAUGCAGAAACUCUCCAUUGGGUGGGCACCAUAUCUUUCUGUCAUCCUUCUCCCAAUGCUACUCCUGGUACAAGGACUGGCCCUCUUUAA